GUUCGGCGAGGGAUCAAUUGACAGGACAACCGGUCGCCGUUAAGAAGAUUAUGAAACCAUUCAGCACACCAGUUCUGUCCAAGAGAACGUACCGCGAGUUGAAGCUGUUGAAGCAUCUGCGACAUGAAAAUAUAAUCAGUCUUAGUGAUAUCUUCAUCUCUCCGCUCGAGGACAUCUAUUUCGUUACAGAACUCCUGGGAACCGACCUUCACAGACUCCUGACUUCCCGACCCCUGGAAAAACAGUUCAUUCAGUACUUUCUAUACCAGAUUCUGCGGGGAUUGAAAUAUGUCCACUCGGCAGGUGUCGUUCAUCGUGAUCUGAAACCUAGCAAUAUCCUUAUCAACGAAAACUGCGAUCUGAAAAUUUGCGACUUCGGCCUUGCCCGUAUCCAAGACCCCCAGAUGACCGGCUAUGUUUCGACCCGGUAUUAUCGCGCCCCGGAGAUCAUGCUUACAUGGCAGAAAUACGACGUGGAAGUGGAUAUCUGGAGUGCCGCCUGUAUCUUUGCCGAAAUGCUGGAGGGAAAGCCCCUGUUCCCAGGAAAGGAUCACGUCAACCAGUUUUCCAUCAUCACAGAGCUUCUCGGAACUCCGCCGGACGAUGUCAUCCAGACCAUCUGCAGUGAAAAUACUCUGCGAUUCGUCAAGUCGCUACCCAAACGCGAACGGCAACCUUUGGCUAGCAAGUUCAAGAACGCCGAUCCAGACGCUGUUGAUCUCCUUGAACGAAUGCUAGUUUUCGAUCCGAAGAAGAGAAUCCGUGCCGGUGAAGCGCUUGCGCAUGAAUAUCUCGCACCCUACCAUGACCCUACGGACGAGCCUGUGGCAGAAGAGAAGUUUGAUUGGUCUUUCAAUGACGCCGAUCUGCCAGUCGAUACCUGGAAGAUCAUGAUGUACUCGGAGAUCCUUGACUUUCACAACAUUGAUCAGACCAAUGAUGCUGGUCAAGUGCUUGUCGAAGGAGCCGCGGAUGGACAGCAGGCCUUCGCAUGAGGAGGUCUGAGCAUUUAAUGCCAUGGAUAAGGCGCAGGCAGCGAUGCGAUAUGAUUAUGAUGUCGUCAAUUCCUUCGAUUUUUCUUGGUAUGUAGACUGGGAGCGGGGGCUGUGAUAGGUUUUUGUCUUGAACAGUCUCUUCGUGUUUUCUUUCCCAAAGCUUCCCUUUCCCUUUCAUCAAUCUUAUUUUCCAGGCGUCUAUACACGACUCGCGUUUGGAGAGUUCAACUGCGUUGAGAGUCGGACGAUCUGGCGAUUGAACCCGUCUGUAACACGACUAAAUUUUGUCUCCCAUUUCUGCUAUAUAUACAUUUCCCAUUUGGUCUACGAUUGAUGAGCUUGCGUGUCUGAAAUGUCCCCUGGUUGACUUGUGGGAGAGAGGAAUUUGGUUGAUUCCGUAUGUGCGCGAUAGAUACUGUUUCGAAAAUGAGAAACCCCAAUUUUCAAUGACGC